AACCCGGUUAACGGGCUGUAGAACAGCCGGUAACGGUUCCGGUGGCUCAUAUCCGCCCCCUGGGUCCUGUUGGGUCCCGGUUUCCCAAGCAGAAACCAGGCUGUCACCUCCUUCCCUGAGCCGGACUCCCAGCUGGACUCCCAGCUGGACUCCCAGCAGAACCCCGCUCCUUCGGACCAGACUGAAGGAGGUUCUGGUUGUAGUCGCUGCUGGAAAACAAACCUUUACUAAAAACUGAUGCUGCAUGAUGGCCGAUGACCUGGACAUCGAGGCGAUGCUGGAGGCUCCGUACAGGAAGGAGGACAGCAAGAACCAGAGCCCCGAGGGACAGGAGGACCGCAGCAAGAGGAAGAAGCGCAGCCGCAGCAGAGACAGGAAGCGCAGCCGCAGUCGGGAAAAGAAGCGCAGCCGCAGCCGAGAUCGCAAACGCAGCCGGGAGCGGCGCCGGAGUCGCAGCCGGGAGCGCAGACGCAGCCGCAGCCGGGAGCGGGCCGGGCGCUACAAGGACCACCAGAAGCAUCGCAGGCGAUCCAGGAGCAAGAGUCCAAUCAGGAAGGAGAAGAGCCCCGUCAGGCUGCCGCUGGACAACCUGACCCCAGAGGAGCGGGACGCACGCACCGUCUUCUGCAUGCAGCUGGCGGCACGCAUACGCCCGCGGGACCUGGAGGAGUUCUUCUCUGCUGUGGGAAAGGUGCGGGACGUGAGGAUGAUCUCGGACAGGAACUCGCGCAGGUCAAAGGGCAUCGCCUACAUCGAGUUUGUGGAGGCCAGCUCGGUUCCUCUGGCCAUCGGCCUGACGGGGCAAAGGCUGCUGGGAGUUCCCAUCAUCGUGCAGGCCUCCCAGGCAGAGAAGAACCGCGCGGCUGCUGCAGCUGCAGCCAACAACCUUCAGAAGGGAACGUUUGGACCCAUGAGGCUGUACGUGGGCUCUCUGCACUUCAACAUCACCGAGGAGAUGCUGCGAGGGAUCUUUGAACCCUUUGGACGGAUUGAGAACAUCCAGCUGAUGAUGGACAACGAGACGGGCCGCUCCAAAGGCUACGGCUUCAUCACUUUUGCAGACGCAGAGUGUGCGAAGAAGGCGCUGGAGCAGCUGAACGGCUUUGAGCUGGCGGGCCGGCCCAUGAAGGUGGGUCAUGUGACCGAGCGCACCGACGCCUCCGCCGCUUCGUCCUACCUGGACAACGACGAGCUAGAACGGUCAGGGGUGGACCUGGGAACCACCGGGAGGCUGCAGCUGAUGGCCCGGCUGGCUGAAGGUACGGGUCUGCAGAUCCCUCCUGCUGCUCAGCAGGCUCUGCAGAUGAGCGGAGCUAUUGCUAUCGGAGCCCUGGCUGCUGUGUCAGCCGCCAUGAAUCCGCCUCUCAACAUGAAUCCGCCUCUCAACAUGAACACGCCGGCUCUGAAUCUUCCGUCUCAGCCGCUCGCCACUCACUGCUUCCAGCUGUCCAACAUGUUCAACCCCAACAGUGAGAACGCUCCGGGCUGGGAGCUCGACAUCCAGCACGACGUCAUCGAAGAGUGCAACAAACACGGAGGAGUCGUCCACAUCUACGUCGACAAGAACUCACCUGAGGGGAACGUUUAUGUGAAGUGCCCAUCCAUCCCGUCUGCCAUGGCCGCUGUUAACGCUCUGCACGGCAGAUACUUUGGAGGUAAAAUGAUCACGGCGGCGUACGUCCCCCUGCCCACUUACCACAACCUGUUCCCAGAGUCCGUCACUGCCACGCAGCUGCUGGUUCCACCCCCGAGGCGGUGAUCAGCAACACUGCCUUCUGAUUGGCCACUGGGUGUUAGAUCCCGCCCUCUUUUUAAACCCUGAGCUCCCAUUGGACCAGUUAGACUGUCUAACCGCCAGCAGAGGGACUGUUUGUUUUCCUCUGGACAUGAAACUCUGGCUCUCCUGCUAUUGGCUGUUUCACAGGUCACAUGAUCAUGUGACACACCACCAUCUACUUCCUGAUUCCUUUUUCAUGGUUGUGACCUCCAUGUGGCCCCGCCCCCAACUGUGGCCUCCAACUAUUAGCUCUGUGAGCUGUGUGGGGGCGUGGCAACAGGAAGCUGCCGGCUGAUUGGUUGGUCUGAAGCGGUUUAGUAUUUAAGUGUUUUUCUAAAAUCAGUUUGAUUUUGUAAAAUUAUUGAUUAAAAAUUAUUUUCAUGUUGCUCUGAAA